AUGUCAUUUGUUUCAAAACGGCAGUGCUCGCCACAAAAUGAAGCGGUAUUCAAAGAGGCGAUUGUGAGAAGGAUGCACGUGGAUAAAGCGAUGUUGGAGAUCCCUCAGGUGAAGGAAUGGUACAAGAAGAAGUACACACAGAAAAGCGAUGUACGUUUCUCCUCGGGCGACCAGCAAGAGAUGAAGGCGGCCGUGGCGGAUCUUUCGUCGAUCUGGUGCUCCUGGUGCACGAGUCAUGACAUGUGCGAGUGCAUGCGCCGACACUGCUUUAAUGUUACCUGCUGAUGAUGACAGCUGCGGGUGCAGGCGCCGAUACUGCAUUACCAACAGUUACUGAUGAUCACCGAGCGUCAAUGAUAUGUUUAUUUAUUACCUAAGUAUAGUUUGUAUUGUCAAUGAAAUGUCUUCAUAAAUAUUGAUUGAG